AUGGAUUCUUCCGACGAUGAUAUGCCCCUCGCGGGUUCAAGGAGGGUAAACGGCACAAACGGAGUCACGCCUCCUCUAUCUUCCUCCAAAAUCCCGUCCUCACUUGACGCUGCAAUGGAUCGUCAGAUUCCCACCAACGGCGAGGUCAUGCCGGGUAUUUCCAUGGCCAAUGGUGAGGUAAAGGUAGAAGAGCUAUCACCACCUGGCAACAAGAAUAGCAUCCCCAAUGGCGUCGCUGCCGCAAAACGCAAGGUCAGGGAGAGUCUCACGCGACCAUCUUACGCCGAGCCUGAAAGCAGCGACGACGACUUACCACUGAGCAAAAAGAGAAAGAUCUCAACGGCUGUUGAUUCAGAUUCCGACGACGCCCCUCUCGCUUCCAAGGCCAAGGCAAACGGCAAAGUUGUGCAGAAGCCCCCUCGAGUCUCGGCUCAUCAAAUUGGUGAAGAGUCCGACUCAGACGUGCCUCUUGGCCAGAAGCUAGCCAAGCAAAAGCAGAAGAUCGAAAAAGCAGCAGAAAAGGAAGCAAAGCAGAUUCGAAAAGAGGAGAAGGAGACUGGGAAGGCACCCAAAAAGGCCGUCCCGGCAAAGAGAGUAAAAAAGGAAGAAUCCAGUGACGACGAAAAGCCUCUAUCGAAACGUGCAUCUACAGCCGAUACCAAGAAAACGAAAGCCGAACCAUCUAAACCCACUAAAAAGGUUAAGAUAGAAGCUCCUCCUUCUCCGAAGAAAUCCAAGGUAAUCAAAAAGGAAGAGAGUGCCGAUCCCGAGGAGGAAGACGACGAAGAAGACGAAGUCAAAUGGUGGGAGGAUCCAACCAAGGGCGAUGGAACAAACAAGUGGGAGACUUUGCAGCACAAUGGUGUCGUCUUCCCACCCCCUUACCAACCACUUCCUCCAAAUGUCAAGAUGAAAUACGACGGUGAACCUAUUACCCUCCAUCCUGAUGCAGAGGAAGUGGCCGGUUUCUUUGGUAGCAUGCUCAACUCGACGCACAACGUGGAAAAUCCUACCUUCCAGAAAAACUUCUUCAGCGACUUCAAGGACAUUCUAAAGAAGACUGGCGGUGCAAAGAACAGAAAUGGGGAGAAGGUGGAAAUCAAGGAAUUCUCGAAAUGCGACUUCAGACCAAUCUUCGACCACUAUGAUGCGGAAAGGGCGGCGAAAAAGGCCCUGUCCAAGGAGGAGAAGAAAGCUAUCAAAAUAGCAAAAGACGAAGCCGAAGCGCCGUACAUGUACUGCGUCUGGGAUGGCAAGAAACAAAAGGUUGGCAACUUCCGAGUUGAACCUCCUGGUCUUUUCCGCGGCCGAGGUGAUCAUCCAAAGACGGGCAAAGUCAAGACGAGGGUUAUGCCUGAACAAAUCACGCUCAACAUUGGUGAAGAAGCCACCGUCCCUACUCCUCCUGAAGGCCACAAAUGGAAGGAAAUCAAGCACGACAAGCAAGGGACGUGGCUGGCAAUGUGGCAGGAGAACAUCAACGGCAACUACAAGUAUGUCAUGCUGGCUGCCAACUCGGACGUCAAGGGCCAGAGCGAUUACAAGAAGUUUGAGAAGGCUCGUGAACUGAAGAAGCACAUUGAUCGAAUUCGCAAAGAUUAUCGGAAGGAACUCAAAUCAGAACUCAUGGCAGAUCGGCAAAAGGCAACCGCCAUGUAUCUCAUCGAUCAGUUCGCUCUUCGUGCCGGCAAUGAAAAGGGCGACGAUGAGGCUGAGACAGUCGGUUGUUGUUCUCUGAAAUAUGAGCACAUUACCUUGCGAGCUCCGAACACGGUUAUCUUCGACUUCCUGGGCAAAGACAGCAUUCGCUUCCAUGAAGAGUUCGAGGUGGACCCACAGGUCUUCAAGAAUCUCAAAAUCUUCAAGAAACCGCCGAAGAGUGAAGGAGACGACAUCUUCGACAGGCUCACUACGACUCAACUCAACAACCACCUGAAGAACUACAUGCCUGGUUUGACCGCCAAGGUCUUCCGUACCUAUAACGCAUCUUUCACCAUGGCCAAGCUCCUUUCCGAGAUGAAAUCUGAAGGUACAAUUGCUGAAAAGAUCAAGGAUUACAAUGACGCGAAUCGAAGAGUAGCAAUUCUCUGUAACCACAAGCGAACAGUGGCAGCCGGGCAUGCGAAUCAGAUGGAGAAAUUGAGUGACCGAAUCAAAGGCCUCAAGUACCAGCAAUGGCGAGUCAAACAAAUGAUGCUCGACAUCGACUCGAAGAUCAAGAAGAAGAAGGGCGCAGAGUAUUUCGAGUUGCCCGACGACCUGGAUGAGGCGUGGAUCCAGGAACACCAGGCUUUCUUGUUGGAAGAACAGAAGAUUAAGAUCACCAAAAAAUUCGAAAAGGAUAAUGAGAAGCUUAAAGCGGAAGGAGAGAAAGAGAUGAAGCCGAAGGAGCUCGAAGAACGCUUGAAGGCUGUCAAGGAGCUGGAGAAGAGGUUUCAGAAAGAGAACAAGACGAAGAAGGUCGAGGCUGAAGGGAAGUCUCCGACAAUUGAGAAAUUGGAAGAGCAGGUCAAGAAGUUCGACGCGAGGAUUGCUACCAUGUCCGUCCAGGCGGAGGACAAGGAGAACAACAAAGAGGUGGCAUUGGGAACUUCAAAGAUCAACUACAUUGAUCCACGGUUGACGGUGGUUUUCAGCAAGAAAUUCAAUGUUCCCAUCGAGAAAUUCUUCUCAAAGACACUUCGUGAAAAGUUCGAAUGGGCGAUCAAGUCCGUUGACGAGAACUGGGUCUUCUAA